CGCACAGCAUGGUGACGUUGCCUCGGAAGGCAGGGAGCACAGCCUGCACAUGCAGCUCCAUCCCAUCUUUAUUCAAGAGAAAAAUCCGUCCUCAACCCGAGCUACAUGUGGAGGACAUGCAUCUUUAAUAUACAACAUGUAACUUUUUCUUGAAUAGUGGGAAAAGAUGGAGCUACAGGUGGAGAAUCAGAGUCAGUAUUUCAACACCAACACCGUGAGGUUGCCGGCGAAACACAUACUGGGGAUGGGUGUAGAUAACUUUAUUUCUCUUCUGAUAUUUGGACUUAUUUUCAUCCUCGGUGUGCUUGGGAACACCAUGGUGAUCACGGUGCUGGCGCGCAGCAAACCGGGACAACCGAGGAGCACAACCAACAUCUUCAUCCUCAACCUGAGCGUGGCGGACCUGUCCUACCUCCUCUUCUGCGUCCCCUUCCAGUCCACCAUCUACAUGCUGCCCACAUGGGUGCUGGGGGCUUUCAUCUGCAAGUUUAUCCACUAUUUCUUCACCGUGUCCAUGCUGGUCAGUAUUUUCACUCUGUCGGCGAUGUCCGUGGACCGCUACGUGGCCAUCGUCCACGCCAGGAAAUCCUCGUCGAUCCGUGUGGUGAGGCACGCCAUGCUCGGAGUGGUGCUGAUCUGGAUCCUGUCUCUGGUUAUGGCAUCUCCCGUGGCGCACUACCAGAGCAUCGUGGAGCGGGACGAGAACAACACCUACUGCUGGGAGGUUUGGCCGGACCACCAGAGGAAAGUCUACGUGAUGUGCACCUUUGUUUUCGGAUACCUCCUGCCUCUCACUUUGAUAUCUGUCUGCUAUGCAAAGGUUUUAAACCAUCUGCACAAAAAGCUGAAGAAUGUCUCCAAAAAAUCUGAGCUCUCCAAAAAGAAGACUGCUCAGACAGUCCUGGUUGUGGUCGUGGUCUUCUGUCUGUCCUGGUUGCCUCACCACGUCGUCCACCUGUGGGUGGAGUUUGGCUCCUUCCCCCUCAACCAGGCGUCCUUCGUGUUCAGAAUGGUGGCUCACUGCUUGGCCUACAGCAACUCCUCCGUCAACCCCAUCAUCUACGCGUUCCUGUCGGAGAACUUCAGGAAUUCCUACAAGCAGGUUUUCUGGUGCCGGUUGCCCAGCAAGUGUCCUGUGAACGACAACAGGGACCUCCGCAGCAGAGUGGAGACGGCACCGUCCACCAACGUCAGCUUGACUUGCAAAGGUCAAGACUCUCAGACCAGUAAAAUGCUUUGAUGUCGCCGCUGGUGUUGAGAGCAUCUCCUGUUUUCUGUAUAUAUAACCUGAUAUAUAUUGAUAUUUGAGAUUGAGAAAAUACUGAUACAUCAGCCAUGUAUUUGGUUUUUUAAACUGUAAAUAGCGGUACUUGAAUUGGACCUCUUAUCACUGGUACAGAGCUCUAUCAAACUCAGUAACAUUAUCUAUUAUUCAGUGACAUUUUAAACAUUUUAUAACAUUAUAUAACGCACGUUAACAUUUAUGAAUAAGUAAUCCUGAUUAUUAUGAUGAUUGUUUCCUGCUCGAUCAAGGAGGGGAGGGAAACUCUGCAGCUGUGUGAGGUGCAAUCAGUGACUGUAUUGUAAAUGUAUUAAACCUGAAUUUCUUCUACCGGCCAGCAGGGGGCGGCUCCAUUGGCUGCAAAAAAACUCAGAUAGUAUGAAGUCUUAUGGAGAAAUGAGCCAACUUCUCACUUGAUAUAUUAGCUUAGUGAACUGUUUCCUAAUGAGUUUAUGGUCUCAAUCGCUAGUUUUGUACAGCAUGUUGUUUAUUUAGUAAAUUAUGGUCCAAUUUAGAGUAAAAUAGUUGAUAAAGUAGGGUAUGCUUUAGAGUGUUGCUACCCUGUGAUUGACAAGUCAUCUCUGUCAGUUCGUCCAGUCCAAUGUACGAAACUCAGAUUAAACUGUCAAACUAGGCAGUGCUGAUCAAAUACAAAUCAAGAUUCUGUUACUGUGUUGACUAUUUCUCACCUAAAAUCAUUUUAGAACCAUUUUGAGACCUGACACAGGCACAAGAACCUCUCUGAGCAGCAGAAUACAUUUUCAGUAUCUGCACAGUGGGUGUCAGAAUCCAUUCAUUAUAUUACAGACUGAAGUGGACUCUUCUGCUUCUGUUUGAUCUUGACAGACAGAUUCAUUACACUGCAGAAAAAGUGCAUUACGACACACCGUACGUCACAUGACAUUUUCACAACCAUAAUGCCAACUUGAAGCUUUUAAACAGCCCUCCAGCAAACAGGUUACAAAAGUUUACACUUUGGGUACAAUAUGUGGUCUAAGUUCAAUAUUUUGGGAAACACACUUUUUUGCUUAGGGUUAGAUUAUAAUUAGAUCUGAUUGAUUAUCUUAUCUUAGCACAAAGACUGGAAACUGUCUAAAAUCUAAAUUUAAAAUAAAACAAUUUUCUGUUUUAAGGUGAGGUUAUCUGCCAGAUUAUUUCUUUGCGGAGACCAGUUGCCAUGCAGAAGGUUACUGCUCCUUAUAUAGACCACAUACAUGUAUUCUUACAUCAUGGUAUGUGUACAAGGUAUAGAUUUUGUCAUGUAACUCUUAAUAACUCUUAGUAAAAAAAAAAGCCAAUUAAGAAUAUUUCCCAGAUUAUUACAUUAUUACUUUAAAACUUUAAUUCGUACCUUCAAAAGAAUAUUUUUUGCACACAAUCUGUGCCCUCAAAUGCUAAAAAAUAAACUUGCCAUUGCCCUCUACUGGACAAAUUAUCUAAUAACACUGCUUUCUCUAUACUAAAAUUUCAUUCCUAUUGGCAGAAAAUAACACAAAUAGUUAAUACCGUUAAUUAAAGGCCUGGUCUGUGACGGGACUCCAGUGUCCUGCAUUAAAGUCAGAGACACUAUGGACGCAUCCACCACAUUAACCUCCACACUAUGAUGUAAACUGCUUCCUGCAUUGGAGCUAAAUUACGAGAUGCAGAAUCAUCCAAUAUGGACGUAAUUCUCUGUGACACCGGGCUGGACGUGUACUGCAAUAGACCUUUUUUACACAGCAGCCAUUUUGACAUGAAAUAAUAGGGUAAACACGCUAAUUAAGGUUUCGUUACAUUUUGUGUAGCAUUCCCAGUGAGCUAACAUGCACAACAGCAGCAUCCUUAGGCCCUGUUUACACAGUUUUGUGACAAACGGAAAAAUUUUUCCUUCUCUGUGUUUUAAAAAAAAUUCAGCUUGUUUUGAAAAUGAUCCUCGUGCACACGGAUCUUCAAAAAUGAUUGAAGACAUUGUAGUAUGCAUGCUAUACCAGUAGGUGGUGGUGUAACUUUGUAUUUUGACUUAUGUCUUGAUGCCAAAAACAUCCUUUACUUGUCCUCCGCCGACGUAGAUAUGGAUUGAGUGUGUGUUGUAAUGAAUGCGUCUCUGCUGAUCACAGUAAUGGUGCAGCAACUCUACACUUUACUAGAGGAGCAGUAAUAAACUCAGCAGAGCCUGCAGCACAAACACAGCUCGAUAGUCCGCCAUUGUCGUUCUAUGGCUAUUUGGCUGAAAAUGUAAUAGUCAUGCGUGUAGUUUCCAACAGAUUGCACUCUGGAACAAAAUUGUGUGUUUUCAGGCUUCCAAAACGACAAACAAAGAGCCAAACUACAACAAAAGUUUACCAUUUUACAUAAAAAGCAUUGAAUGGAAUGGAACCUUAAUUAGUUUUAUGGGUAACACGUGUUUACCCUACUAUUCAUCAAAGGUCACCGAUAUGCUGUGAGCAGCUAAAAUCUGCCUAUAAUAUAUAUAUAUAUAUAUAUAUAUAUA